CCGGUCGAGGCAUUACUGAAGUUAAGGCCCUGUGCUAUUCUUGCAAAAAUAUGCAAUAAGAGUAUCAUAACAUGCAGAUUUAUAUAGUCGUUCUCGUCUUGGCAUCAUCAUCAUUUUUGCUGUUGUGCUACGAAAUAUCGGCCACUUGUUAAUGAGCUAUUAAUAGAUUAAUUUUGGCACAAUGAGAAAAGUUGGUUGCUUGAUCACUCUCUGGUGUAGCGGCGUUAAAGUUGGUUGUGGCGAAGUCCCGCGAUGCCGAUACGGAUUCGCUUCAUAAGCAGAAGAAAUUCUGGUGAACCUACUGUCCAACAACAGACUGUAUACUCAACCAUGGCCCAACCACAGCAGAAUCAGCAGUCGGCCCAGAGAACGUAUAGGUCUGAGAUCUACAUCCCAAUUAAGAAAGACACAGUAACAUUUGCCGACCGUCAGAAAAGCAUUUGGGAGCAAAUGGAAGAGAGAAUGUCUCAUCGUAGAUCAGAAUGGGAGCAAGACAUCGAGCGGAUGCGUCGCAAUUUUUUCACGCUGGCACCCAUGGAUAAAAUGCUUGGUCCUGUGAAAUAUGAAGAGGAACGCCACGUCGUACCGAGUCCAUCGGGCGCUCCGCUCUUUAAAGUGGAGUUUGACGUUAAAGACUUCGCUGCUGAGGAAAUUAAAGUCAUCACGAAAGAGCAGAAGGUAAUCGUCCAAGCAAAACACGUCGAAAAACGCGGAAAUUCUACCGUCACGAAAGAAUUCAGCAAGGAGAUCGAAGUUCCGCCAAAUGUGGACCCACACGAUCUCAAAGGUACCAUCACCUCAGACGGAGUUCUGAUCAUCGAGGCUCAAGUCAGCGCUCCCUCUUACCAGGCCAUCACAUCACAGUCCCAGGGAGCCCUACAAGCCUCUCACUCACGUCCUCUCGAAUCCAGCGCCGUCCAGACCACGUCGGGAAGCCAGAGAGGACCAAUCAUCACCGCCGCCGACGGUAGCCGAAAGCUGCACCUCCAGUUCCCGGUGGGCGACUAUAAACCCGACGAAGUUGUUGUAAAAACUCACGAUAGGAAACUAAUUAUACAUGCCCUACACGACGAGAAGACCGCCGGUCGAUCAGUCCAUAGAGAAUUUAAUAAGGAGUACGAGUUGCCCCAGAAUGUGGACCCGUUAACCGUUAGUGCAUACAUGACAGAGGAUGGAAAUCUCACCAUCGAGGCGCCGCUGAAAGCCCCAAAGAGAGACACCCCCAUUACAUAUGCUUCUACGCCUAAAUACAUUCUCAAUGUCACCCAUUCCGGACAGUAAACGGACCCUCUAACUGCUGAUGAUAAAAAAACAGAAUUUAAAGUGGAAUGACUUUACUUUGUUUAAAUACGUAAUAAAUAUAUAUUUUCGUGGUGGACAUUAACGACUUUCAUUUAAAAUCCGAAAGGAAUUUUUCAAGGUUUAAAGUAUAUCCUAGAAACACGAAAAAGGAUUUUUACGCGCCAAGUACUCUUGGUUUGGUUAUAAAACAGGAGCAGACGAUAUUUCUUUGUCGAGGAAUUAUUGAUCAAACAGACAACGCCGGAACUUGAAAAAAAAAA